UUUGCGUGUGUCACAGCAUUUUCAUUCCUCCCGAAUGUCAACAACACCAUAACCAGGAAUACGAAGAAAGGCUCAGCCAUAUGGGUGGAGCACUGCUGCAUACACAAGUACAACCGAGCCGGUGUCAAUCUCGUCGGUGUCAUUCGGCGGCAUAAGACAUGAACCGACGCCGCUCAGCCGCCGCCUCUCUCCUCGCUGUAACCGCCGAGUGAGCCUCCGGGGUUGACUCGUGGGCUUCUAUGACGGGGCUGUCUCACUUGGUGCUCCGCUUCUCGGGCACCGCGGGGCGCACCUACGGAGUGUUUUCCAAAGGCCUGACCAGGACUUUAUUGAUAUUCUUCGAUCUGGCCUGGCGACUGCGAAUCCGAUUCCCUUACAUCUACCUUGUCGCCUCGAUGAUGUUUAAUGUCAGACUUCAGGUCCACAUUGAGAUCCACUGACGUCGGCGUCCAUGACCACGGUCGGACCGAAUGCCGAGCCUCCCGAUGAGGACGAGGACGCGCUCUCCGCCGGCCACGGUGACGAAGGCAGCUAGCAACGUUUCCUCAUGCCCUCCCGCGGCGGGUCCAGUGCCUUUUUGGGGAGGACGGUCACGGUGGCGUGCACGCAGACUAUUCGUGAGUGGAGACGAUGGGUCCCGUAUCAGAUUCAGGAGCCGCUUCCGAUUUUUUUAUCCCCAUUUUGCUCUCUGGAUGGCAAACUAUGAUCAUCCACUAUCAGUAAAAUUUGGGGGAAAAAAGGAACUAAAGGGGUUAGUUAGCCAAGGUUAACCAAGCUGCCACUUGUGUGAGUGGGCCGCCAAUUUCCCAUCUGCCGUGACGGCCACAGAAAUCAAAUUCUGAACCUGUACGUGGACACGGAGCGCACAAGCAUGACUUUUUGUGCGUACACUUGAAUUGAGGUUGCGUUGAAGUCCACCGGUUACCUCACCUCAGCUCCCCGAGUGGAAGCUUUGCAGACUUUAAUGCAAAUGUGUAUGUGCUCAUCCAGCUAUUAUGUUCACUUGUUAGUUCUGGGGAAAAAAAAGAAGGUGGCCUUUACAAAGGAAAAGAGAAAAUGCUUUUCUCUUCUGUCUAUUGCUGUGAGUAUGUGUGAGGAUGAAAAUGAAUGAAUUUAUAAUAGCAAUAAAUUAACUGAGAUAAACCAUAACUUUCUUUCCACUAAAUCAACAAAAUAAUUUCUUCAACAUUUCCUCGAAAAUUCUAAAACGUGGUCAGGUAAGAUUUGAUCCGUUACGUGGCUUGUAAGCACGAUAAAAAAAACGUCUAUUAUUUUUUGUUGCCGGGUACACUCCUUUUUCAAAAAUAAGAACAGAAAAGCAAAAUGCAUAGUAGCUGAAAAGUUUUUAUUUUUUAGAGGGGAAAAAACUCAGCGAAAUGAAAGAACCAGAUGUUCACGACUGGAUGAGGGGGAAGUCUGAGCAGCUUUGCUGUUAAAACAAUCUUGUCCACACGGGGGCGGUAGUAAUUUAUGUUUGGCUGGAUUGCUCACCUUACUGAACCCAAAAGCAUAAAUUGCCUUUUUACAUUUCAUAUUUAAUCUUAAAGUUAAAACGAACCAAAACAAAACUGUAAUGUGCUAGCAAAAAGGGUGUGAAUUCAUCUUAUUCAAUCAUUUGUUAAUUAAUUGGUCUUCUUUUGGGGAAACAUACAUUUUAUUUAUUUGAUGAAGACUUAGUUACACGAGACAAUUGCAUGACAAAUCCUGACUCUUGAAUCUUGAAAUGAUGUGGCUCAAUGUUUUUA